CCUGGAAGCUCGCACCUGGAAGGCGCGUUCCAGGCUGUGGCCGCGGUGCCGCAUGAGGUAGGCGGUGCAGACAGCGGCGGAGCGGCUGCGGCCGUUCUUGCAGUACACGAGGCAGGAGCCGCCGUUGCGCACCGCAGCCUCCAUGGCGGCGCAGGUGGGCUCCAGGUGCGUCAGCAGGUCCUCCGCUGGGUCGUCGAACACGGGUUUGAAGAGGAGAAGAGACAUGGAAGAAGUUCAUUCCGGUGUCACUCUGGACUCCCAAGGCUCGAAAACUUACAGCUCCAGAGGUCUGGAGGGGCAAAGUGGUCAGUCUGCUGACACUGAGAGCCAGGAGUCUGAGAAGAGCUACACCUUCUUCACCAGAAGGGACCCUCCAGUGCACUUUAGGGAGGAUGAGGAGGAGUCUGAAGGCCCCCGGAGGGAGCAGGACCUGAAAGAGACCUAUAUCCAACUCGUUCAAGGGGUUCAGGAGUGGCAGGAUGGCUGUGUCUACAGAGGGGAAUUUGGACUCAACAUGAAGCUUGGAUACGGCGAGUUCUCUUGGCCCACAGGCGAAGUCUACCGUGGGCAGUUUUACCAGGACCAUUGCCAUGGUGUGGGCACCUAUUCAUGGCCUGAUGGCUCCAGCUUCACAGGCAUGUUUUAUCUCAGCCGACGAGAAGGCUAUGGCACCAUGUUAAUGAAAACAAAGUUAUUCCAGGGACUGUAUAAGGCGGACCAACGGUUCGGGCCAGGCAUCGAGACCUACCCUGAUGGCAGUCAGGAUGUUGGACUGUGGUUCCGUGAGCACCUCCUCAAACUGGGGAUGGAGGUUCCCGGUGGCUUCUCCUUGUUGAACUACCCAGAAUACUCAGCCUUCCUCACUAGCUCAAGGCGGAGAAUCAGUCUCUCAGAUGAGGAGAAGGUGGAGUGGCGCAUUCCUGAGGAGCAGGACCCCUUCUUCUAUGAAUAUAAGAAGUUUCUCCUGAAUGAUGACCUAACACUGCCUCCGGAUAUGCAUGUCUACUCGACUGACAAUAACCACCUGCCCAUGACGGACUCCCUGCGCAAAAAGCUGGAUGACCACAUCUUUGUAGACGAAAUCCCUACGUUUGAUGAGGAUGAAGAACCCUGGAUUAUAACAAAUGAGACUCCUUUGUUGGUCAAAAUGCAGAAGCAAACUUACAAGUUCAGGAACAAGAAUGCUUAUACCAGCUGGAACAUAGCUGACAUCCUUGCGGGGAACCGUAGCAGCUUUGGGCCCAGUGGCCCCAAAGAGCAGAUUUCCAAGGAGAUGAUCCUGAAGGCUGAGGAAGGGGACUAUAGUUGGAUUUUUGGAAUCUUGAGGGACAACUUUGCUUCUGCUGAUGUGGCUGACUCCAAGGGCUACACCGCACUUGCUGCUGCCGCUGUGCACUGUCAUCGUAACGUUGUCAACCUUCUCCUGGAUUAUGGGGCUGAUGUGAACAAGUGCUCGGAUGAGGGUCUCACACCCCUCAACAUGUGCUUCCUCCACUACUACCCCAGCAAAUCUUUUCAUCCCAACAUUGCUGAGAGGACCCUGCCUCAGGAACCUCCCAAAGCCAUGGUCACCUCCAAAAUUUCAUUCCUGUUUGGGGAUCCAAGCAUAGAUUAUAUCUAUGAUGUGAGCCUGUCCACCGCAGGUGGAGAGGAAUUUAGGUCACCAUUGCACCUCUCAAGUAGCCUGGAUGAUGGCUUGGCCCUGAGCACCGAUCACUCCCGGGAGUCGAUCAACUGGAAGAGCGUGCCUCAUAAGCGAGACAUUUCCUCAGUGAAGACUAACAGCAGUGAGGUAGAGAAAGACCUGGAGGACACGGUAGAAAAUGUGGAUGCCAGCACCCUGUUCAGUGUUGACACAAACUUCGACUCUACGAUGUGCCUGCGAAACUACUCUAUCCAUGUCUCCAAGGACAUCCUGGAGAAGAGUGCCCAGGCCUACAGUUCACUGCUGCAGGUCCCCACCUUCUCUGACAAAGGGACUGUGAGGAAAAUGGCACAGACCAUGGCUGAGCGCAGAAACCGCUGGCUGACCAUCAUGUUGCUUCUGCGUAGAGGUGCUGAUCCAAACCUAUGUCAAGUGCCCAUGCAGGCCCUGUUUCUCGCCGUGAAGGCUGGGGAUGUGGAUGGGGUGAGACUACUGCUGGAGAGUGGGGCCCGGACUGAUAUUCAGUAUCCUCCACAGCUGCAGUCCCUGACACCGCUCCACAUCGCAGCCUCACUUCCUGGGGAGGAGGGUGUCAAGAUCACCGAGCUUCUGCUCCAUGCAGUCACUGACGUGGAUGCCAAGGCAGCCGACCAGGACUGCAUAUACAAAGCUGGCAAGAUUGACCUCCUGCCCUCAAGCCUGAAGCUCAAUAACGAGCCAGGCCCACCCAGCAACUACUAUACUGUGCACACGAUAGUCCCAGAGGAGGGUGGACGCACGCCUCUGCAUGUGGCCUGUGAGCGAGAGGACAACAAGAAAUGCGCCAGGGACAUAGUCCGGCUCCUUCUCUCCCACAGAGCGAAUCCAAACAUGCUGUGGAGCGGCCACUCCCCGCUCUCCCUGUCCAUUGCCAGUGGGAAUGACCUGGUUGUAAAGGAGCUCCUGUCCCAGGGAGCUGACCCCAACUUGCCUCUGACCAAAGGCCUGGGCACUGCCUUGUGUGUUGUGUGUGACUUGGCCUAUGAGCAACAGAGGAGCACUGACAACAAGAUUGCUCUGAUUGACCGGCUCAUUAGCUACGGGGCAGAUGUCCUGAAGCCCGUGAUACUUGCGCAGGGUGACAGGACGGCGGUGGGCACAGCUGUGGACUAUGGCUACUUCAAAUUCUACCAGGACCGGAAGAUCGCCCACUGUCCGUUCCAUGCUUUAAUGCCAGCAGAGCGGGAGAUAUUCAUGGCCCGGAAAAGGCUGCUAGAGUACCUGGGUUUGCAAUUGCGGCGUGCCGUCUUCAACAAGGAGGCUCAGUUGGACAUGAAGGCACUGUACCUGAGCAAGAGAGCGGAGCUGUCCCCCUGUCACAGGCUGAAGAAGAGAGGUUCCACCCAGUCUAAGAGCCCAGCGGUGGAAAAGCAGCAACUUGCCUUUUACAAGUUUUGCUACCAGUGUGGUCGCUCCAUUGGGGUCCGCCUCACACCCUGUCCCCGCUGCUAUGGGAUCCUGACCUGCAGCAAGUACUGCAAGACCAAGGCCUGGGCUGAAUUCCACAAAAAGGACUGCAAUGACAUCAUAGCCAUGAAGAGAAUGAUUAUCCAGUCCCAAAAGUACGAAGAGCAGAACCAAAAGUCCAGGCAUGUCAAACUCAAAAAGCGCUUGAGUCAGAAGUCCCUGCAUGUCAAAUUCAAGAGAACGUGAACAAGGGCCAGAACCAGGAGUCCACAGAUGUUGAACUCACAAAGACCUUGGAUGAGAUGCAGGAGCAGGUGUCAUUGUGUAUCCAGCUCAAAAAGAACCCGAAGAACACAAAGCGGAGAACCUGCUGGACUGCCUGACACGCUGCUCCAUCUGCGGUCACCAGCAAGCAGCUGGUUGCCCAUCUGUCCCCCACAGGGCUCUACUGAGCCUCUACCUCACUCCAUGGCUGUCUAUCCUGGCCACUCCCAGGAAAGAAUCUGGGCCACUUGGCACCAGGACUUC